UGGGAAUGGAUUGAACCAGCGGUCACCGGCAGCGAGCACGUUCUCACUAUCUGUCACACGACAGAUACAUGUUUGUGGCUGAUCUGGCAACCAGUCCGAGCGAAUACGGCGCACACUCUUGAGUUUGGUGUUUGCCCGCUCCAUUCUACAAAGGCAUAUUUAUUUUUGUGGAAUUACUCGUGAGGAUUAUAUCGCAGGGAGGAGUGCGAGUGGAGGCGGUGUAUUUUGGGGUCGUAUUUGCUGGAUAGUGACCUCAUAAAGAGAGCGCUCUCUCAUUGAACAUGAUGAUGCAUAAGCAAUCGACCUGUACCUCCCCGGGCAGCGUUUGUUCUCUGCGUGGAGGAGGUGUUCCUGGAUCCCCGGCGGUCACUGUAGUGGCCAAAAUGGACAAUCAAGUGAUUGGGUAUAAGGAUCUAGCAGCUAUACCUAAAGACAAGGCCAUCCUGGACAUAGAGAGGCCUGACCUGAUGAUGUAUGAGCCCCACUUCAGCUAUUCACCAAUGGAGAGGUCAUUAUCUCCUCGUUCAAUCUCCCCUCCUCCAUCUCCAGAGAGCAGUCUAUCAAAGGAUGUCUAUCAAAGGGAUUGGUCAGAGCCCAAGUCGUCGGGCAGCUCAUCUCCGGCCUCCACACAGCUGAGUAAAAGCAUCACCGUCAGCACAAAAGUCCCACACCAGCAACAGCACUUCCACAGGCCAGACAAUGGAACCAAUAUAUACAAGAAGCCACCAAUAUAUAAACAAGAUGUCUCAGCAGCCGUUCCACACAAUAAACACAUGGAGGAUUUAAUCAUCGAGUCAUCAAAGUUUCCCGCCGCACAACCUCCAGACCCCAACCAGCCCUCUAAGAUAGAGAUGGACUACUGGCCCUGCCCUCCCUCACUAGCUGUUAUAGAGAAAGAGCGAAGGAAGAACGUGGUGUCCAAGAUGACUGAGGGAGAGGAGGGUGAGGAGGAUGAUAAGUAUGAUGACAGUGACCUGUCUGAAGACAUGUGGAGACUUCGGCAAAUGCAGAAACAAGAACUCAACAAGAUUCAAUCCAAUCUAGGAAAACUGAUACUGAAGGAGGAGAUUGAGAGAUCAGCCCCUGUCCGAAGGAAAACACGGUCUCUGCCCGACAGGACACACAUGCAUCUGGCCUCCAAAUCCCCCUCAUUUCCUUCCUACACUAAGACUGGCCUGACUAGGCUCCAGUCUGCAGAGUUCUGCUCUUCAAACAGUGAUAAAGGGAGUCAAAAUUUCCAGAAUGGAGAUGCCCAAAGCAGAAGGAUCGACAGAGGGAAUUCACUCCCUAGUAUGCUGGAACAAAAGAUUUACCCAUAUGAGAUGCUCAUCGUGACUCACAGAGGCAGAAACAAACUCCCUCCUGGUGUAGACAGGACGAGACUGGAGAGGCACCUGUCCCCUGAGGAAUUCCAGAAUGUCUUUGGAAUGUCCAUUGAGGAAUUCGACCGGCUCUCCCUUUGGAAGCGGAACGACCUGAAAAAGAAAGUCUCUCUCUUCUAGUAGUCGGAGAAAUACGUUCUUUUACAAACACUGUCACAUGUCUGCACUUCCGCUUGUGAAAACAGUACAGGCGAUGCAAGUUAAGGAAAGAUGAGGAAUGUGAUUUUGGAGCCAGCAAAAAAAAACAGUUAUCCUUAUCGUUUGAUAAGCCCCAUAUCUUAUUGCAGCUAACAAUCAUAUCCGAGUCUCUGAUGUUAUCUCUUUUUCUAGUUGCAGCUACUAUAUCAGGACUUCACUGAGGUUACCAAGUCCUCUGUGUGUGCUUAGUAAAGCUAUAUUGAUAUACACAGAUAUGAAUACACAUGAAGCAGAUAUGAAUCGCACCAGUUAUUUCAGAAGGCCAAAUCCCUGCAAAAAAUUCUGAUGUCCAGACGGACCAACAGGAGCCUGUGAGUUAAAGUCACUGCCACAGUUUUCAGCCUUUAUGUGCUAAGCAUGAGUGAACAAACCUUUAGAAUAUAGGCCAAUGACACUUUUUUUUGUCCAGAUUUAUUAAUUUGUUAAAAAUAGAUUAAAAAUGCAGUUUAUACAUACAAAGACUUGAAUACACCUCUUCUAUGAUGAGCAUGAUUUUCAUUUCGGAAUUAAAAUGCAGAAUAAAAUUCAUCAAAAUCCAUACAAAUGGCAUGGUUAAAAACAACUGUCCUGAUAUAAAGACAAAUAAAGAAUUAAAUUCUUGAAAAGAAAA